AUUCUCUCCGUCUUUCUCUUUUUCCUUUCUUGCAUCUGCCUUUUCUUUCUCUGUUGGCUUUGUUUUCCAUUUAUUCUCGCGCAGUAGAUUCAUCUCUUUCAUAUCAAUCUUCUUUUGGUUUUUCUUUGAUUUUAACGACGACCCUUUAUCUGAAUCUUCAUUUUGUCUUCGAAUUUUUGCUGGUUAAGAAAAUUUUAGGAGCAUAGUGGAGGCAUGGGAAGGUUGUUUGUGCAGAGUCUUGAGGGGAAGAUCUAUAGCUGCAAGCACUGCCGAACCCAUCUAGCUCUUUGCGAGGAUAUAGUUUCCAAGUCUUUCCACUGCAGGCAUGGGAAGGCUUAUCUCUUCAGUAAGGUAGUGAAUGUAACUUCCGGAGAGAAAGAAGAGAGACAGAUGAUGACGGGGUUGCACACUGUUGCUGACAUUUUUUGUGUUGGAUGUGGAUCAAUAGUGGGGUGGAAAUAUGAGACUGCCCACGAAAAGAGCCAGAAGUACAAGGAAGGAAAAUCCGUACUUGAGCGGGUUAAGAUGGCCGGGCCUGAUGGAAGCAAUUAUUGGGUCAGUCAUGAAGCACAAGUCGGAAGCAGUGAUGCAGAUGAUGUUUGAUGGUUACCCUUUUUCACAUUCAAUUGUACAUUCUUUGAAUCUCAACCUUCUUCUUCUUCUACUCGUGAAUUAUUAAGCUCUUAAUUCCUCAUUUCGGCAACUAUCUAAACUUGCCUUCAAUAACAUCUAAAUGUAAACAUUUGAUUGUGUUCAAAUUUGAUUCGGUUUGCUCUUAA